UUUAAGCUGUCAAAGCUGCCAACAAGUUUGAUAUUUUCUGUAUAGUCGGCCAUUUUGUAGUUUUUUCGGCUACAUCUACACGUGUUCUAUUUUCAAAAUGGCAGUGACAAAGAAGCCGGCGCCUAAAAAGGCCCAGUUGAACCAGAAGACAGGCAAGAAGGGUGUCAAAGGUGGCAAAAUCCGCGGCAAGGGAAGCAAAAGGAAAAUCAAUUUAAAGUUUUCCAUUGACUGCACACAUCCCGCUGAAGACAGUAUUCUUGAUGUAGCUAAUUUUGAGAAGUACUUGAAAGAGCGUGUCAAAGUUGAGGGCAAAACAAAUAACUUGGGCAAUCACGUUGUCAUCGCAAGAGAGAAGACCAAAGUGACAAUCAACGCAGACAUUCCGUUCUCCAAGAGGUACUUGAAAUACUUGACAAAACGUUACCUGAAGAAGAACAACCUGCGUGAUUGGCUGCGUGUUGUUGCGUCAGAGCACGAUGCGUACGAACUACGCUACUUCAACAUCAACGCUGACAGCGACAAUGAAGACAAUGAAGAUUAAGAUGUGCAACAUUAAAUAGUUUUACACUA